UGGUGGUGGGGCCUGAGGGUGCAUAAUAUCCAACGUGGCAGAUGGCAUCUCCCCUCCUUGGUUAUCACAAAUUCAGGAUGGUUGCUUAAUUUGCCUGAAAAUUGGAUUUGCAAAAUAGCAUGAUGGGCGGCGGAAGUGUGUACUGGGGAAGGAAAGAAGACGGCAAAGAAGUUAAAGGAAUAGCUGUGAUGUUUGCUUGGGUUUCCAUUCACGAAAAACACCUUCAAAAUUACGUCGAUUUGUAUUCCUCCCUCGGUUGGAAUUCCCUCGUUUCUCGUUCCCAUUUUCUCAACCUAUAUUAUCCUGACAGGGCUAUGUCCUUAGCAUUUGUUCUUCUAAAUGAGCUUCUGGAGGUGCUAAAGAUCAGAACAUGUCCAGUAGUCUUUGUUGCUUUUUCCGGCGGUCCUAAGGCUUGUAUGUACAAGGUUCUACAGAUUAUUGAAGGAAUAGGAGAAGGCCACCUAAAUUCGGAUGGAAGCCAGCUCAUUAGGAAUUGUGUUUCCGGACAAAUCUAUGAUUCUAGUCCGGUUGAUUUUGCAAGUGAUUUGAAUGCCCAAUUUGCUUUACACCCCUUGAUACGUAAAAUGCCUGGACCAUCCAAACUUCUUUCUUGGAUUGCUAAAGGUGUUGCUUCUGGUCUGGAUAGUCUCUAUCUAACUGAGUUCGAAUCUCAACGUGCUGAUUAUUGGCGGACCCUUUAUUCCUCAGUUGACUUAGAUGCUCCUUAUCUGAUUUUAUGCUCGGAGAAUGAUUAUCUUGCAUCAUAUCAAGUUAUCAGCAACUUUGCUCGAUGCUUGCAAGAUCUUGGUGCAGAUAUUAAGGUUGUUAAGUGGAGUGGCUCUGCUCAUUUAGGUCUGCCCCAAACCACGUUUGAACACUUCAAGCAUUAUCCUAUCCAAUACAGGGCUUCCGUGACCAGUUUUCUUGAGAAGGCAACUUCAAUAUUUUUCCGCAGGAUCCAAAAGCUUGGAGAUAGAAAUGGUAUGACUGAUGAGAUCUCUGAGUUAGUCUUUGACCUGCAGGAAGCAGCAGUCAAUUCAAACCGAAGCUUUAGGAGAGUUGCACUUGGUCCUAGUGACCACUUUUUCUUGCCUAGCUCAGCUGGAUAUCACCAUAAUAAAGAGUCCGAGUCUGUACAAGAUGAGCAAAGAGAAAGUCUAAUCUCUAUACCUGCUCCCCCAAGCAUCAGUGCUCAUGGUGUCCUUGGCCAAAUUCUGUUUGAUGCUUGUGUUCCCAAGAACAUUGAAGGCUGGGAUAUUAGAUUUUCAGGUCCAGUAAAGGGAGUGUCUAGUCGUAGGCAUUCACUUUUCCCUGGUAUCAAGUGCAAUCGUCGUUCAAGAUUGUAAUGUGUCUUAUGAAUUGGAUUCUAUGAAUGGAAUUUGAGGGGACAAUUAAUGUGUGUUUGGAUAUUAUCAAGACAUAUGCAAGCAAAACAAUCCGAUACGGACUCUCCGUGAAAGGUCAGUGAGGCAUUUGUAGAAAAUUUUGUUGGUCACUUGUUCUGUCCAUUGUAAUCUAAUCCUCUGACGAGAAGUGUACAGGAGUAUUAACAUAUGUAUUUUAUGAGUAUAUGUAUGGUACUGUUCA